GCGACUCGUGCGUCCGAACACAUGGACACGAGUCGCUUUCAUAAUGUGCCACUUCGUGGCCAACCGCCAACUUCGGUUACACUCGGCUUUCCUCGAAAUCCCAAACACACGGACAUGGAAAACUUUCAUUGUGUGCAAUCCCAGUGGCACAGGGAGAGGGUAAGAUUUACCCACGAUCUGACAGCACUGGCUCAAGCAAGACUGACCUUAGCAACUACAGCGCACUCUGGACUAAAACUUUAUUUCUUCCACAUGUGGCGGAUAACUUUUUUUAUACAGCGUUCAUUCUUCUGUGUUUUUACCUUCGUCCUUGUUGUCACCAUGUCUAUGAGCAAAUGAUUUUGAUUAGUGUUAUUAAAUUUAGAAAAAACAUCAUCAAUUAUAAUAAUGUCAUUGAAAUUAUUCAUAACUUAAGUAAAUGUAAUAAAAAAAAAUAUAAAAAGAAAAUUACUUAAAUUACACGCAUAUAGAAUCGAUCGUGUGUAAAAUGUAUUUCAGGUGAUGCACUGUAAUCUAACUAAUAAAAUAGUAUAAAUAUUCCUCUUAUAACCUAGUUUGUUGUCAUUUUUAAAUUUAAGAUGGAAUUAUCAGAAAAAGUAAUGAAUAUUAAAAAUAUUAAAAAUUUAAAUGUAUUACCCGAAGAUAUUUUUGUGCAAAUGUUAGAAGCUGUAAUUUUAUAUUUAUGUAAAACUCCUGUAGACCAGAAAGGUCAGUACAAUGUCAAAAGCAACGGUACCAAAUGUGACAUCGCCAAAAAUGCAUUUGUCGACUUAAGUUGUCUUUUAGUUGAAGCUGCUAGACAUGACUUCGAUAAAGAAAGUUUAAAAAAACUUUUAAAUACCUCAUUAAUCGUUGAUCACAGAGUAGACAAACUAUGCCAUAGUUAUGCUAACAAUAAACAAGAGAUUCAAAUGCAAUUACAAUUAAUUGGAAAUAAUUUAGGCCAUAUAAUAGACACCGACUGGCGUUUAAUUCAUUGUAUCAAGUAUGAUGGAUUUCAAAAUUCUAUUGGGUCCUUUCAGUAUCAUAUACGUUUCACCACUAAAGAAUAUGCAGAAAUAAAAUAUGUUACAUUUACAUGUACAUUGCAACAAUUGCAGGAGUUACUUGGUAAAAUUAAAGAUGCCAUAAGACAUUUAGAAAAAAUUCCUACCAAUUAGUUGCAAUUAUUGUAACAAACAUUGUUUUCUUUAGAAUUAAUCCAUUUUGUACUAUAUAAUUUAUAUAUAUAUAUAUAUAUAAUAUAUGUUGUUAAGAAAGAAAAAUCAUGUUAAUAAAGAAGUCAAUGAUUCGUA